GAAGUGUGCGGAGGUUUCGCGCGCGGCGGGCGAGCCCCAUGGAGGCGUACGAGCAGGUCCAGAAGGGCCCCCUGAAGCUGAAAGGCGUCGCGGAGCUGGGCGUGACGAAGCGGAAGAAGAAGAAAAAGGACAAAGACAAGGCCAAGCUGCUGGAGGCCAUGGGGACGAGUAAGAAGAGCGAGGAAGAGAAGAGGCGCUGCCUGGACAAGCGCACGCCGGCGCAGGCGGCCUUCGAGAAGAUGCAGGAGAAACGGCAAAUGGAAAGAAUCCUGAAGAAGGCGUCCAAAACUCAUAAGCAGAGAGUGGAGGACUUCAACCGACACCUGGACACACUCACCGAGCACUAUGACAUUCCUAAAGUCAGCUGGACCAAGUAACUUGCCCCGGUGCACAAAAGACAGGUCAGGCUGGCUGUUUUGCUCACCUCAGUAUUUUCUAGAAUGCCCUACACCUGCCUGGUACAUCUGCUGAAACCAGACUUUUCUGAAACUUGAUUAAAGUCAGGCUGCCCUUUCACUGGGUGUGCCCUUUUCUGUUUGGACUGCAGCAUUGUGCUUUGACAGGCUCGGGUCUUUUCUGGGGUAGGGCCAUGGAAGGAGGGUGCCCUUCCCACCCUGAUUGUGGCAUCUGUCUUCAUCUGCACCAUAAUGCCAGGACAGGAAGCUCCUACCUGCGGCCCACCACACAAGUUUCCACAGUGCCGCUGCUUUUGGGCUACCUGGACAUCAGACCACACAGCCUACAUUGAGCAACAGCCACCUGAAGCAAGGAUGGGACACAGGUCUCCAGCACAUACCCUGCCCCUCAAUCCACCUGGUGGCUGCCAUUGCAGACAUUUCUAAUCAAUCCAGUUUUCAAUGAUGGCACCUGGGGCUCCAAGCAUAUGGCACAUGCCAUAAACCUGCUUGGCAUUCCUGGCUUAAGGACACAAAUACCAGACAAUGCCAGGGCAAAGUGCCAGCAGACCUGGUGUGGUGGGAGGGCCCUGGUGCAGAUUCUGUAGAGCUUCGUCAUCUGAGAGUCUAGGUGAACCUCUUGGAGAACCUGUGCACACUGUUGAGAGAAGCAACUUCUGUUACCAUGGAUACUGAAAGGCUACCAGGAAUCCCUGGAGCUGGCAUGUAGAAUAAAGCAAGUAUCAGUCAUGAAGUGGAGUCAGUGUGUCUGUGCAUGCUGUUCACCACAGGGACACCUUUCCAUUCUGCCCUGUGAAGAAGGCACAGCACAAAACUGCUUGUGGGGGAAAUGAGAUGCUUGUGUUUUUUUAAUGAUGUAUGUGUGUUAUAUGUGUUGUGUAUACACAUGUGUAGAGAACAGCUUGAAGGAUUGUCUCUGUCCUACCAUGUGGAUCCUGAGGGGAGUGGAUCUCUCAGGUUGUGAGACUUGGCUGUAGGUGUCUUUACCCACUGAUAAAUCAUAUAACUCUCAUAGUCCAGUUGACACAUUUAUUCUACUGUGUUCCUGCCUGAGGGAGAUGCGUAUAGGGUGUACGUGCCUUGUCUCAAGUGUUUAGGACCAUUUUGGAUUUGGAAUUUUUCUGGAUUUGGGCAACACUGAUUCUGUGAUAUGUCAUGAGAUAUUGCAGUAAUUGUCACAGGUUUGCAUACAUUUCAUUUCCUUUCUUUUGUACCUAUGCAUAUAGCCUGAGGUCAUUUUAUAUGAAUUUUUCUGUCUUUGAACAUAGUAUACAAAAUACACAGUCUUGAAGAAUUUUGUGCAUGAGAUAAUUUAGUGGUGUGAGAUUUAGUUAUUUGUUUUUUUUUGUUGUUUUGAUGUAUGGGGGGUGUUGAGACUGGGUUUCACUGUGCAUGCAACCUUGAUUGGUCUAGAAUACUCUAGAUCAGGCUGUUAGAUUCUCCUGCUUCUACCUCUAGAGUGGUAGGAUUGAAGGUGUGCACCACCAUGCCCUUUUUUGCUUGCUUUACUACCUAGGUUCUGUAGCCCAGGCUGCAAACCUGCAGCCUACCAGGAGUUUGCAGGGUGGCUCAGCAAAUAAAGGCUCUUGCCCCGAAGCCUGAAGACUUGUGUUUGAGUCCCAGCAUCCACAUGGUAGAAGGAAAGAACUGAUUUCCACGCGUUGUUUUCUAAACUCCAUGUGCUCACACACAAUAAAUGUU